UAUUCAGUUAUUGCACAGUGCACAGCACAGUGGUACGAGUGGGACCCCUAGACUUACUGUGGCAGGUGUCAGUGAUAGUAAUUGUGCGCACGUGGAGAAAUCUUCCACUUUUUUAUUUAUUGAAUGUAUGAUUUUAUGGCCCACAAUCACUGUCCGCAAUAUAUCUUUCCCAUAAUAAAACUUUCGCAACUUACACUACGGUACUCUGUUGUUAAAGAAAAAGAAGUCUAAAAAGUGACUGAAAGUAAAAUGGACUCACGAAAAGUGUUCGCAAAAUACAUUCCAUUAAAAACAUCUAAUGAUGAUUUAAAAGCUUUUUUCGGAACAUGUGGGAAUUUGAUCAGUGUCUCUUUGGUGUUACCGGUUUUUUCAUUAAAUAGACAACCAUCCUAUAUGACAUGUUCCAUUACUUAUGAAACAGUCACCAAUGCACAGCGUGCCAUUGAUCAAUUAAAUGGUAAAACAUUCAUAAAUUCAGCUGGAAAGCAAAAUGAGAUUUGUGUAAGUCCAUUUGUCAGUUUUGGACGGAGGAAAGAUUCUGGGGAUUUCAAGGAGUCAUUAAAGAAGCCUGAGGAAGAUAAGGAAUUGAAAGAAUUGCUUGCUAAGAAACAGAAAUUGGAAGCAAUGCAUGUUAUGUUGACGAAAAAAAAUAAUGCUUUAAAAGAAGACAUUAAAGUUUUACAUUUGCAACUGAAAGUUAAGAAACUGGAGGAGGAAAACAUGAAAUUAAAAGGAGGCAAGUCGAGAUGUGGACAAUAAAAUAUGUGCUGACACUUCUCACUUAGAUUAUGAUAGACAUUACGUUAUGAAAUGUUAAUGUUCGUCAUAUGUCAAAUGCCAGAACUGUUUGUGUAUGAAAUGUUCAUGUAAAUUGAUCCAUUUGUUUGUAAAAAUAUGAAAAUAUAUGACAUUGUUUAUUUGGUGCAUUUGACACUUAAA